CACAUAUGUGUAGGAAAGCAGAAAGACUGAAGGAAGUACUGGGUAUACUAGAAAACCUGCCAGAUGACUCAAGUCAUCCAGUCAUCAUUUUUGCCUCAAAUAAACGAGACAUUCUGAUGUUAUAUAAGACAUUGAACACAAGUUCUCGUUUCUGUCUGAUGGUACAUGAAGAUAUGGACACGUUCGAAGUGGAAAAGAUUGCUGACCAGUGGCCUGUACCCCUACUAGUAUGUUGGGAUGAGCAUACAGCUAAACUAGGAAUUACUAAUGCUACAUCUGUAAUCCACUAUGACAUGCCACCAUCGAAGACAAAGUUCAGUAACAGAUUAUGUUGUAUGAGACAAUACUUCCAUGACUUCUCCAAGACAGAACAGUCAACCAUUAAGCCAACUUCACAUAUGAUUAUAACAGAGGACUGUGAUAGACAGUUAAGAAGUUUAAAUGAUUUACUGGUGAGAUUAGACUGUGAACGACCAGCUGAGCUGAAACAAUUUAUGGCUGGGCUAUUAGAG